AUGCCGCAUGAUGCUGAUACAGCUAUUAAAGUCGCGACCAGUGCAGGCGCCAUAUUCGGCCAAUGUAUAUUUGGCUACCUUGGUGACGCCCUUGGACGAAAGAGAAUGUACGGGGUUGAACUCAUGAUCAUCAUUUUGACUACACUGGCUCAGUCGCUUUGCGGAGAAUCCAGUACGCUGUCCAUUGUCGGCGUAUUGAUCUUUUAUCGUGUCCUCAUGGGCAUUGGUGUUGGCGGUGAUUGUAAGUUUUGA